GACGACUUCCUUUCUGAGAUAUUGGCACGUGUUUGGCUAACUUCUGUUUACACCGUUAAAACGAUUUGAACGUGAGUUAUCAUACGUGGACGAAUUUAUGAACGUUUUUAUUACAGACUAAACAAACCGCAACCAUGCCGAAAGCGAAAAAAUCUAAAGGAGGAGGUGACAAGCGAGGGCAGUCUGACACUCUGGUUGACCAGAUGCUACAGGGCGACACCGUUCGAAGCAAAGGCCGAGUGAAGCUUCGGGACGAUCGGAUUGAGGGCGAAGACAAUUACGUGAACGAACGUCUGUCCAAGAAGAUCUUGCAACAAGCCAGAAUUCAACAAGAGGAACUCCAGAGCGAAUAUGGCCUGGUGCCAAAGAAGAAAGCACCCGUCACUUUUCUUGGUCCCUCAUCUCGGGAUGCAGAUUCAGAUGAGGAGUGGCCAGCGCUGGGAGCAACCGUUGGUAGCGGUGACACCAACGCUGUGUGUGAUACCGAAGUUGUGGUUGAUGCAGAUGACGAGAAAGCCAUUGAGAUGUUCAUGAAUAAGAACCCCCCAAUGAGGAGAACCUUAGCAGACAUUAUAAUGGAGAAGAUAACAGAAAAACAGACAGAAGUAGGAACAGUCAUGUCAGAAGUAUCUGGCUGUCCGAUGCAACAACUUGACCCCAGGAUAGUAGAAGUGUAUAGAGGUGUCAAUAAGGUCCUGUCAAAAUAUCGCAGUGGAAAGUUGCCAAAGGCCUUUAAAAUAAUACCGGCUCUUUCAAACUGGGAGCAGGUCCUCUAUUUGACUGAGCCCGAGACCUGGACGGCAGCUGCCAUGUAUCAAGCGACAAGAAUCUUCUCCUCCAAUCUGAAAGAGCGAAUGGCCCAGAGAUUUUACAACUUGGUGUUGUUGCCCAGAGUUCGGGAUGAUAUUGUUGAGUACAAGAAACUCAAUUUUCAUCUUUAUAGUGCUCUGAAGAAGGCUUUGUUCAAACCAGGGGCCUGGUUUAAAGGUAUACUGAUACCCCUGUGUGAAUCUGGGACAUGCACUCUCAGAGAGGCAAUCAUCAUCGGAAGCAUCUUAACGAAGUGUUCUAUCCCUGUGCUCCAUGCCAGCGCUACAAUGCUCAAAUUGGCAGAAAUGGAGUACAACGGUGCCAACAGCAUUUUCCUGCGUCUGUUGCUCGACAAGAAAUACGCCCUGCCUUUCCGUGUGCUCGAUGCCUUGGUGGCUCACUUCCUAUCUUUCCGCACCGAACAGCGAGUACUUCCUGUGCUCUGGCACCAGAGUUUCCUCACACUAGCGCAGCGAUACAAGGCUGACCUUGCCUCCGAACAGAAGACGGCGCUGCUAGAGCUGCUCAAGAUACAAACCCACCCUCAGAUCUCUGCAGAGAUUCGCAGAGAACUACAGAACUCGGAGUCACGGGAUAUUGAAAUCGGGAUCCCCGCAAAUAUUGACAUGGACUGAGAAUUUGUUCAGCUCCCUAGCCUCCUCCUAUGAAAAAUCAGUUGAAUACUGUACAUCGGACAGAGUUGAAAAAGCACAUCAGUGUUCACAUGUGUUCUCAAACAUAAGGUUUUUCUCUGAAUUGCAGUUCACGCACAGAAAUGCUUUGUAUGUGUUUGAUGAUGACUACAAUUCAAAGCAGCAAUUUGUAUUAAAAGCAAACGGAAUCCUUAACAA